AAAAACCCCAAAGCUUCUUUCAUUUUCUUUGCAAUCAGAAAAUUGUUCUUCCCCUUGGAGACGACAAUGCAGAGGUUUUGCACUAAGCUACGUUCCAUUUCCCUCCAAUCUAAUCGGAAUCUCUCUUUUUCCGGUACUGCUCCUCACCGUCUAAUCCACCAUUCUCCUUCUCCGAGUCGUCACUUAACAACAACCCUAGGUUUCGCCAAUUCCACCAAAUGGAGCUUCGUUCCCGCCGCCGGGGUUUCUCCUUUGAAUAUUAGCUCCAUGGGCUCUACCUUUGUUCCUCAUCACUUUGUUCAAGUACGGAAUAUCACUUCCAAGGAAAAAAUGGCAAAAUGGAAGAAGAAGUGGAGACCUAGGACUCCAAUCACAUCAAAAGUCAAGAAAGUCAAGAUAAAGUUUUAUUCGUCAUUUAAAGACAGGUUUAAACCACUAAAUGAUGGUACCAUCCGUCGCUGGAAAGAGGGCAAGCGCCACAACGCACACUUGAAGUCAAAGAAAUCGAAGCGUAGAUUGAGACAGCCUGGACUAGUACCACCAGCAUAUGCCAAAGUCAUGAAGAAACUCAAUUUCUGCAAUUGAGAGAUAGAGAAAGAAACAAUUUGAUUACGAUGAAAGCCAGUCUCUUCCAGAUAAUUUUGCUCACUGGUACCCAUAAAAUCUUUAUGUUUCAGUUUUAACCUUAUUACCAAGGAAUAAAUUGGCGUUUUAGUU